UUAAAUAAUUGAAAUACUAAAUAUUUCUAUUUUUAUUUUUGUAAGUAAAAAUAUUUCCAUAUUUAAUUUUUAUACUUUUCUUCACUUUGUACAUGCAGGAUAAAAGGUAUUAUGGUUACAGUUGACAGUACGACUUACCCCUACUAUCUUCAUUAUUACGUGACGAAUUCAUAAAUUGCUUAUGGAAUUAUUCACUAAUCCGUUUUUAAUGACGCCAAUACAAAAUAGCUGAUAAUUACUAUAAGACAUUUUUAUUUUUAAUGUUUCGAAACUUUUGAAGGUAUAUUUGAUCAUUUAAUUACAUAUUUUUCAGAUUUAAUUUAGUUAAUAAAAAGGUACAUGAUUGACUAAUAUAAAAAAAAUUUUUUAAAUAUUUAAUAUUUUUAACAUUAUAAGUAGAAUAUUGUUAGUUCCACCUAGAAUAUUUUGUUUAUAGAGAUAUUUACAUGUCUAGAGACAUAAUAUUUGAAAAACUUAUUUACAUCUUACAUACAUGUUGAUUGUAUUGUUUAACUUACAACACGAGUGAGAAAUAAUCAUUAUCUUUAACUUGAAUCUGUUCACCAAAUUUUAUUUUAUUAAGUUCCAGUUUUGAAAAAGAUGAUAUUAAAUAUGUACCAACAAUAGUAAAUUGUUUUUAAUGUUUUUAACGUCAUUUCUAAAAAUUCUGUAAUGAAGAAAUGUAUUUCAUUUUAGAGUAAGCAAUACUCGUCACUUCGUCUAACUAAAUAUGUCAUUUUUAGUCAUCAGUUAAAUAUAUAUUAAGUCUAAGCGAAAUUAUAGCAUUGUCCUUGCAUUAUAAUCCAAUCUUUUAUAAUGACACAUUUGUUACAUGUCUUUUAUAAUAACAUAAGUAUUUCUCAAAACUUUAGCAUAAUUUUAAAAGUAUUUAUACAUACAACAUUUAUGCAAUCACGCGGUCGUACAAACUUUUAUUUAUUACAUUUUAAUAAAUACGAAAAAGAUUUAUAAUUCAUAAUUGUCGAGUCUAAAUUAAAAUCAGAAAAUAAAUAUCAAUAAUAACAUUCUGUAUCAGUGGAAAAUUUUAAUACCUUUAAUAUUAGAGAAAAAAAGGUGUCAAUAUUUUUGUAUCAUAAAUUAUAUAUUCGUGUAUACAUGUUGUAUUAUUUAAUAUUAAUUUGUUUAUGUGAGAUCAAAAAAAUAAAGUUAAAAGAAUAUAAAAACUUCGAAUAUGUCAAAAUAUAAAGUUUAAGAACGAUCAAUUUUUAUUAAUUGAUCCUGGGAAAGACUUAUCCACGUGGACACUAUGUGGUCUUUUGCUUCGUGUACGCGUACAUGGUUCAUACAUAUUACAAAAAUUACACACCAUUUCUUUUUAUAUUCUUCAUUCUAAUGAUAAAUGUUGAUCGAAGAGUGUCAUGGUUACUACACAACUAACAAGUAAUUCUUUGAGUCCUUACUCACGAAAACUUUUUGCAGUAUUAAGUUUAAAUUCAAUGCGAGUAGAUCGACAAUAAAGGGACUGUAUCGAUAUUACAUUUCCAAAAAGAAAAAGUUUCUAAUGUUAUGUUAAGAAUGAAGUUUUCGCAAUCACAUUUUAUUUAACAAUAAAGUGCAUCUGUCAAGUGAUUAAUCAUUCUUAGGUCUUUCACGAUUCUCCACUAAUAAUGUUUGGUUCCUCAAAAUUACAAACACGAGCCAUUGACAAAAUGCGAAAAAAAUGGCGAUUUUUUUGUGCCACGGAUUUCGAAUCGUUGAUGUGUCCGUGUUUCAUCUUUUGCCAAAUUCUCGGAAUAUUUCCAUAUAAGAUCGACGCUUCGGUCUUCAAGACUUCCAAACCACGUUACGUUAUUUCAACCAUCGCUAUAUGUGUUUGCUUCAUUGGAUUCUUAACCGUUUUCUGUAUGAUCAACAUUUAUGGAAUCACGAAGUUCAAAGGCGUACCCAGGAUUAUUGAGCGUAAUUGCUUUUACAUACUAAGUAGUUUUAUAGCGGUUGUGACAUACAUUUUGAGCGGUCCACGAAUGCGUUUGCUCCAAACGAUAAUGGAGAUCUCUUCGAAAUUACCUCCAGAGUCAUAUCAUAAACUUUCCAAACUAAUCCACGCCAAGGACGUCUUAGGUUCCAUCUUUAUAGUUUCAGGGGCGAUAUAUUUCUCAAUGGACAUCCAUAUUGUACUCCAGUUUUUCUUAAUGUACGUUUACCUUCUGAUAUUUCAGAUGGAUAUGUUGUAUAUGAAUUGCGUUUGUGUACUAAAGGCCUGUUUAAAGAGAAUUAAUGAUAAUCUGGAACAUAUGCGGGAGCUCAUGAUAGAAAAUGAGGUGUAUCAUCUCGAUCCGAUGUACAAGCAUAGAAGUCCAUUCUUGCUGAUCGAACUAAGAGCUUUGAAAAGGCAGCAUCUGACGAUCAGUAAUACAGUGCAAAUGUUGAAUAUAAUUUUCAGUUUACAGCUUCUCGCUACCAUAAUUAUAACUUUCGGCGAGAUCACUUUCCAUCUCUACUUUCAUAUAUUGUAUUGGCAAGACGGCACAAUCCUGAUCAAUAUAGACGACAGCUUGUAUGCUACAUUCUUGACGAUAUCCAUAACGUAUUAUUUUAUAAAAAUAGCGUUGAUAGUGUGGGCCUGUGAAACUGGCAAAGAUCAGGCUGUGCGGAUCGCCACUACCGUUCAUGAUGUGCUUAACAGCGUAAGCAAUAAUGAAAUUAAAGCCGAGUUGCACUUAUUUUCCAUGCAAAUUAUGCAUCGUGAAAUUAGAUUCGCUGCGAUGGGUCUCAAUGUGGACGCGACGCUUCUCACUACAAUUGUGGGGAACAUCAGUACAUAUUUAAUAAUCUUGAUGCAAUUUUUAACUAUGCCACAAUUUUGCAAUAAAGAAGUUAUCUUAAAUGUUACACAAAUAACUCAAUGAAAUAAAGGGUCAUAUAAUUGAAUGAUAAAUAUUUAUUUUAAUAGUAAAAGUUAUUUUUA